AUGGCCGUAGCUGAUGCUAAUUAUCGCUUUGUAUAUGUCGACAUCGGGAGUUAUGGAAAAGAUUGUGACUCGUCUGUAUUCAAAAGGUCAUCAUUAUGGACAUCAGUUAUAAAUAAUAAGCUAGAAAUACCUAUUGAAACAAAUGUAACCGGAAUAGAAAAUCACAAGUUACCUUAUUUCUUCGUUGGAGAUGAGGCAUUUGCGCUCCACAAACAUUUACUUCGCYCUUUUGGUGGAUCGCAACUUACAGAGAAAAAAAGGAUUUUUAAUUAUCGCCUARGUAGGGCUCGGAGAUAUGYAGAGUGUACUUUCGGAAUUUUGAGCAACAAGUGGAGGAUAUUUCAMAGACCAAUUAACUUGGAACCYGACUUUGCAGUUAUAAUUGUCAAAGCUUGUGUCAUUCUUCAUAAUUUUGUUCGAGACAGGGACGGAUAUCAAGUUGAGGACACAGAAGUAAUAAUAGGUCUUGAUGAAUUACAAAGAGAACAGGAGACACGAGGAGGAUUAGCAGCUAAUAAUGUCCGCAAUGUGUUAUGUGAUUAUUUUACAUCAAAUGCAGGGGCUUUGAAAUGGCAAAUGUUAAAAAUAUAG